AUGCCCGUUGAUUUGCGGCACGGAUUGCUGCAGACGUUCCACAUCCAUCGGAUCACGAACCAUUUCCUGAUCAACAACCGCUCCAUCGUGCGAUAUGAGCUGUCGAGCCCCGACCUCCUCAAUGUGAACGUUCUCUUUCGAGAUGGCACAACGCAGGUCAUCCCUGUUGAACGAGGAGCAUGGCUGAAGCAAAAGCAGCAAGAUUCGUACCUCAUGGAACACUUCCCCUUCAUCUACGACCUGGAUUUGUUGCCCCUCUUGCGAGAGCUCAGCGCGCAGCAGCGCUUCGAUGAGAUUGGGUACGUUUGCGGCCCUGAGCAGGUGGAUGACUGCUUUCAGUGCAUCUACCGCUGGGACAUUGUCACGACGUUCGACGGCUGGUACGCUGGAGACUUUCGAACGAUUCUGGAUGUCACCGCUACAGAUUGCCAAGCAAAGGAGUGGCAAUACCUGCACGUCCUCUCCAUCUCGGUUGCUUCUCUCGCCGUGAUCUCUGUGUUCCUCAUCUGGCGGAAGAUCCGCAGGAGCGUCAAAGUGAUCCGAGCCUUCCGCGCUUCUUCACAGACAUGGGCACAGCUUUCGGCUCAGGAUGUGGCCUCCAUGCUCUCCGUUUGGUGGGCUGUGGCUCUGGCGUCGAAUCUCAUCCAGCUGGUUGGUGCUAUUGAAUGCAUGCGGGCACGGCCAGAGAUUGGCCAGCGCUUCAUGUGGGUUGGGUUCAGCUGCUUCCUCACGUGGCUGAACAUGAUCCAGUACUUCGAGAGCUUCCCAAGCUAUUUCAUCGCCUUCCACACCAUUGCACGCAGCGGCAUUCGUAUUCUGCAGCUGUUCUUCUCUGUGGCACCGUUCUUCUUUGCCUUUAUCCUCCUGGGGGUCUGCCUCUUCUGGAAGUCCUCCAUGUUUGCGGACCCAACCUGCGCUGCUGAGAUGUUGUUCUCCUUGAUGAAUGGCGAUUCCGUCCACGAAGCCUUCCGGGAAAUCCGCUCCGUUGGUGGCUUCCUGCUCCAGGCUUACCUGUACAUCUUCAUCUUCUUCGCGAUCUAUGUGAUCCUGAAUGUUAACAUCAGUAUCGUGGAAGAUGCGUACCACGAAGCGAAGAUUCGCUACGUGAACCGGCAGCGGCAGGAAGAUCGAGAAGAGACCUUCUCCGAUCGAGUCCGGCGGGCCUUGGAGGAAGAGUCACCCGAGUUAGACUCGAUUGAACUCCUCUACGGCUGCAGCGUCGACGCUGCCCACCGAGGGAGCGCGGAGUUCGGAGGAUCUGCGCAGCCGUCGCCGCCGCCCGUUCCAGGCCGUACUGCGUCUGCCUCGUCGAAUCAACCUCAGUCGCCUCUCUUGCCGGUCAGAAGGGCAUCCUCGGGAUAUUGUGCCGGCGAGUCGGCGCAUUUCAUGGGUACCCCAGGCCAAAGUACGGGCGAGAUGAGUUCUGGGCUGUCCAGACAGAUGUCUGGCAAGUAUAUCAGCCCACGCUUAUUGGAAAGCCCCGGGCUCCAACAAGCCUUAGUUUCGACAUUCCCCGGCCGCAGAGCGUCGCUGCCUGCACGCAGCUUCACAGACCUCUCAUCGAAGCCGGCGGGAUCGGCAGAGUUCGUGGAUUCCCAGAACUCCUCCUCCGAGGGCUCCCGAGGGGGUCUCGACCUCGUGGUGCAGGAGGACGUUCCGAGCAAUGCCACUCCUGAGACGGAGAUGGAGGACGUCGCAGCACACCGGCUCGCUUUUGACCAGCUCCUGGUGGAGAUGCGCACGCUGGGAGAGCAGCUGCAAAGGAAGCAAGGUGAAGCACGUCUAGGGGAAUUGUCGGGCCUGCCCUCGCGUCUUGAAAAGCUCAAUGCAGCCAUCCUCGAGGUUGAAACAGCCCGCGCAGAAGCUCUGUGA